CAAGGUACAGUACAGUGCUAUCCACAGCCUCUCCUUUAACUAUUCUAGUUCAGCUGGAUCCUAGCCAAGAAGAUAUAGCAACAUUUGGGGAUAUCACAGAGAGGUCCAUAGGUCACUCAGGAACCACAAAAAGAAAAUCAUUCACCAAGCCUGAUACAAGCAAGAGGUAAAGGUUAAACAUCCACAUUCCUGACUCUGCGGGUGUGUGUCCCUAGUGCAUGGAGGUAGCAGAUACCAUCUUGAUCUAAGAAAAUUUGAACUCCUUGAAAGGCUAUUCAAGGUUCUGAGUGGGUCUAAAAUCUACACAGUCAUGACUGGCCUGCAGCACCUUCCUGCCCUGAGACGUGUGGCAGUAUGCGGGGGCACACACGGGAAUGAGAUGUCUGGUGUUUAUCUGGCCAAGCACUGGUUGGCUAAUUCCUCCGAGCUACAGCGUGGAACCUUUCAUGCCACACCCUUCCUGGGCAACCCACGGGCAGUUGAGCAGUGUGUCCGCUACAUUGGGAGGGACCUUAAUCGGGCAUUCACAGCUGGAAUUCUCAACUAUAAGGUCUCAGAUACAGACUCCUAUGAAUGUCAGCGUGCUCAGGAGAUCAACCAAACCUUUGGACCCAAGGGUUCAUCACAAGCCUACGAUUUCAUGCUUGACCUACACAACACCACUGCCAACAUGGGGUCCUGCCUCAUAGUGGCUUCUGAGCAUGACCUGUUGCCCCUGCAUGUGUGCAGUUACAUUCAGAAGCAGUCCAAAAGGAAAAACUGCCCCAUCUUGCUCUAUCAACAACCAGGACAGGAGACAUAUUCCAUUAAUUCUGUGUCCAAAGCUGGACUAGUGAUAGAGAUGGGCCCACAGCCCCAGGGAGUGGCACGAGCUGACCUGCUUACUGAGAUGAGAUCCACUGUGGCUUAUGUUCUGGACUUCAUAGAGCUAUUUAACAAAGGUACCUUGUUUCCAGCCUUUGAAACUGAAGCAUACAAGGUAGUUGGAUGUGUGGACUUCCCUCGCAAUCCCAGUGGUGAGAUUUGUGCUGUGGUCCAUCCAAAACUGCAGGUUACAUAUGGGAUUGUUCUAUGCUCAGGCCAUCUAAGCAAGGCCCACUGCUGUCUGCUCUGCUUACUGCUUGUGGUACUCUGGAGAUCUCAAAAAGAGACGUUUCCCAACCCUGGAUUCCUAAAGAGGAACCACAGCUCACUGCCGGACAAAGGCCAGAAGAAAAUAACCACUAUGGAGGGCUAAUUGGGACCCUUCUGGUUGGAGAUACUGGUAACUAAGUCUGGGAACAUUUAAAUGAAGGCUAUACUGUUUGCUAGCAUGAGCUAUGUUCAGAAAUAUCUCAUUGGAAUGGUGUUGUUCUGUCUGUUCAGCAAAACAUAGUGUGACUUUGGUUCAAUUGAUCACAAUAAGUGUACCUUGGUGGAUGGGAUGAAUUGCAGGGCUCCUUUUCUUCCUUUCUCCCUUAAAGCCUCUGCAUAGAGGACUUUCAUUCAUUGGUUUUAUCCCAGAAAGAGGCAUAUUUCAUCACACAGUUCAGGAGAAUAUUGACAUUCUUGGAAAGAGGCAGUGAAUGCUAAUUACUUCAGUGAAAUUCUCAGACAAAUCUGGGCACGUGAAGGAAGCCUAGGAUCACACAAGAAGCUGGAUACAGAAAUAUCCCUUGGCCUUUACCUCUACCUUUGAGUUAUGGUUGGGAGUGCUUUUCCAUGCCUGGGGAUUUUUUUUCCAGGCUUAGUGGUGUGGGCUGUUGGAUGUUUCCCAAUUCAAGGGUGAAGAGAUUCCCAGGGGAAUUCUCAAGAUAUGGCCUAGCCAAUUUAUCUCAAGGCAGGGCAGCUUUUCUUGAAUAUAACUGGCAACUGGUUGCUUGUAAAAUACUUUGUACUCCCUUGGAGGUGGACUUAAACUUGUAAUUAUAUUUUUUACAUGGUUUUCAGAGUAGCCUAUGAAGGAUCCAUGUUUCAGAGAAGAGAAGUCAGUCUUCUGUGGAGUGAUGCUCCACAAUUCCCAGGAGGUGAAGAGCCAUCAAAGGGCAGCCAUUGUUCUUCUGGUCACCAAAGAAGAUCAGUAGUACUGGAAGUGACGAUACCACCCCUUCCUUUCCAGAUCUGGUUACCUGAUUGAUAGCAUCAUCACAAAUUCUGAAAGAACAGGGAAAAGUGAAUCAGACCCCAGCCUUGAGUUUCUCAUCCUCAAGCUCUCCUCAGUCUUUUUUUUAUGUGCCAAUGGAGCAAACAUUGGUGAUGGUGUGGUUAAGAAACACCAGGGGCACCACUAGGAGUGCAUGCAGGGUGAUAUGUGAAUUAAUAUGCAAAUAAGCAUUCAAUUAUCCUUCUGUUAUCCCUCUUCAUGUAAUUUUGCAAUGUGGAUUUUUAGUCAAAACAGGCAUACAAAAAUGUACACAUGCUUGUCAAAAGAAAAUUGCACAUGUUUGAGGGAAAUUGGAUAUAAAAAUGCAUUAUAAAUUGUAUGUGUACAAAAUGUACAUUAAAAUGUGCAUGAACAUUUUAAUGUAAAUUUUUAAGAACUUAAUUUUAAAAAUAGAUUUUUUAAGAAUAGAUCAGGAAACAGGAUUGAACAAAUACGUGCUUGAAAAAAAAGUAAUUAUAAAAAGUAAAACUGACAGGAUUGUGGAUCCCUACAUGUAGAAGUAUGUGGGAUAGCAGAGGGAAGAUGAAAGUCAUGGUUUAUGGUAGGGAUAGGGUUUAUGGUCUGGGAAAGGGGAGACCCAGACCACACAUAGGAGUUUAUCGCACAGGGAAAAUUGGAAGUUUAAAAGCAUCAGAUCCCAUGGAUAUCCAGCAUAUUAGGCACAAUUGUGCAAAUGUUUUCACACGACGUUGUGCGCAAACCACUUAGAAUCCAGCAAGAAAGUGACAUGAAUCAGGAAAUAAGCAUUUUCAGGUCUAUGUGUGAACAUAAUUUGCGCAUUUGAUCACUUUUUCAGGAUUCACACGCUUUUAUCAUUAUCAAGAUAGAAGUACAUUUGGUCCUGUCAUGAGAAAACCAUUCGCAUAUUUGUGUGCAAUCUUGGAUUCUGUAUGGGAUAACAGAGCUUUACAUGUAAAAACCUUUUGCGCAAUUGUCAGUUAAUAAUGGGUUCUCACAAUUUUAAACUUCCAGUUUUUCCCCAUGUGAUAAACUCCAUAGGCUUUGCACAAUACGAGCAAUGGAAUCAACAGCAGGCUAGCAGCCAUGUGGUGUAGUUUAAAGUGAUGGAAAGAUACACACACACACACACACACACACACACACACACACACACCAUCCUCCUGCUUUGGGUAAUGGAGUCACACACACAGCAUGAGGAGCCACUCCCUAGCCCCCAUAUUGCUGAGGGAGGACACUGCAGUCAGAAAUAGGUCUAGGUUUUAUGGCAGGAAGGAAGACACUCUGUUCUCUCACCAUCAAAGUCCACACUUCCAUCACCAUUGAGAUCAACAUCCUUCAGCAUCUCA